CGGAAUGUUUGUUGGGUACUCGAGUAUCAUACAAGUGGGGCUGCAAGUAACCAGAGCAACGCUAAAGGGGAGUGCUGGGAAGAAUAGUACAGUUUCGCGGAGUAACCUUCAUACCGACUGCCGCCAGGGAUCAGAAUGGGCGCGACGCUCCUGUUCCCACCCAGAAAAGUGUUGCGCGCUUUUCCACCCCCUACCGCACAGCACCAGACCAAACCAUUCCCGCUUUCACUGCUAACCUUCUCCGCAUCGCGUACGGUACAGUAUCUAUCGCCGUUCUACUCGCAUUUCCACUGCUCCCGUCUGCCUCUCUGUCUGUUCAGUCAUCCCGGCAUUCGAUCGGCCCAUCUAAUUGUUCAACCUGGAACGGGCUUGUGGAUCUUAAUCAUCAUAUCCUACCUUUGCUGCGUUGCACCCAAAAUCCUGCUUUCUCGGUCUUAGCCCUAGCGCAGUUUGUGUCGAAGGAGUAACCUGCUCGCUUCUUUUUUCUCCUGUGCUCCGAGUUCUGCACUCCGCCUUCAUACCCAUCGCUCCACCACAACCAAUUUACGGAUCGCAUUAACCCAAAGCUAUGCCCAGCGAGAAGAAGAUCAAGGAACGCUCUCUGCCAUCCCAGAGAAACCCGUUGCUUCAGGGAGCUGAUAUUCCACCUUGUACGCUCUCCUCUUCUGUCGCGCGGCCGUUGUCGCAACACGCAUUCAUCUCCUCGUCAUCACUGCUUCAUCGCUGUUCCCCCACCGCUGACCCGAACAUGAUGUUUGAACCCUGCAGACAAUGAGCUCGUUGACAUGCGCCGCCUUGGCCAGACCAAUUUGGGAAGCAAGAGUGGAAAUGACGCGGUUCUUUUUUCCUAUGUGCAUCUUCGAGCGCCUCUCCCGCAGCCUUUGGGAGGCUCGGAAAUCUUUGGAUCGGCGGCCCCUGAAUCCUACUUCUUGAUGCGUAGGAGCCAAGAUGGAUACGUGAGCUCUACGGGAAUGUGAGUCUCGGUUGUUCUUUUGUUUUUUCUCCCUUCUCUUUCCCCCCGCGUUUCUAGGUAUUUGUUUCGUCUUGCCGGAUGUAUAUGAGCCGAGAGCCGGACCCGCAUUAGUACCUCCUACGAGGCCGGAAGUUAACCCAUUCUUGGCUGAGUGUAGGUUUAAGGCUUCUUUCCCCUGGGCGAAAAAGAAGGAGGAGGAUCACGAGAGGCAGUAUGUGAGAGAACACUUCGAGAAAACAUCCCCGGACGAAACCGCGGGAAAUUUGUGGAUUCACCCCACCGAUGGUAAGUCCAUCCGUUUUUCGGGUUGAAUGAUUAUGUUCUGGGCGAGGUGGCUAACGUUGUUGAAUAUAGCCCUAGCUUUGGCCGACGAGUAUGUGUAACCCGAGUGCCCCUCUCCCCUCUCGAGUCAACCGAGCUGCAUGACUGACACACGUAUUCUCUCAGCUAUGGAAUGAGACUGUGGAUUGAAGCCCUACUGGAUAACGAGUCUGUGAUCCCCUCUGACCAUCGCAAACGAAAUAUUACUCCUCCACCCCCUUAUUUCAAGCCAGCCGAAUCUGACGCGGGAUCCGUUGCGUCCAGCACUGCUCCCGCUCCGCGAAGACGGACUACACGAUCGGCAUCCCCUAGCAAACGUCUUGGAUCAACUCCGCGAAAAACACGCGCGAAGGCAGCCAAGGAUAGCCCUUUGAAAAAAGAAGUCGCCCCGAUCGCAGAGGCUAUGGAAGAAGAGACCGAGGUCGUCACCCUAACCACAACCGAGAAGACGACUCUGACUUCUACCGGGACUGCUCCUGUGUUGACCAACGGUAAUGGAAUCGAAACCAGUUUAACCACUCCAGUCAAGGGGGAGCCAGCAAUAAAACUUCGGGUUGACCAGGAAAGCGAGGAGAAGGGGGAUGUUAAGGUUGCAAGGAAUAGCGUUAAGCUUGAACUUGCAUCUGGCGAACUCGAGCUCCCAGCUGGCGAGAUCGCGGCCCCACUUGCGGAGAGCGCACAGGAAAUGAUCGCUAAGGCCAAGGAAAUGGUAGCUGAGGCCCAGCGCCUUGAUAGCGGUUCCGAUGCCGGCCCCGUCAAUGGUGUAGGUAGAAAGCGAAAGGCUGAGGAAGUCGAGGGCGCCGAAGAAGCUGGAGCUGGUGAAGGGUCUGGCCAUAGACAUGUCAAGAGGUCAAAGGUUCUGGAGGAAGAAUUGAAGAGGGAGAAAGUUAAGAAUAAGGCGUUAAUCGGACUGACAGCAGUCUUGGCUAUCGGGUCAGUUUCUUCAUCUUGCCGAGCAAUCCCUUGUUGAAUGGCUUGUGGACUAACAGGCUAACACAUGGGUGCAGAGCUCUGUUCCCCUACGUUCUGUAGCGCGGGAAAAUUUUGCCAGGUAUGGCUUUUAGUUUUGCGAACAUUAUCAUGCCCUGGAUAUGUGAGGAAUGUGAUUCCUUAUGUGCUAGGGUUCUCGAGUUUUUACGGGUCGACCCUGUUAUGACAUGCCCAUAGUUUUUGCGUUUUUCAUUUUUCUGUCCUGGUAUAACAUUUCUCGUCGACCUUUUUUUUUUCGCUCUCAUCUCCUAAACCACUGGAAUUUUAAAACCCUAUCGUUAGCCCCAGAUAUGCGCUUUUACUUUUCUGUUUUCCCUUUUCCUCAAUUUUCUGAUUAUCUAUUGUCUAUUUCGCGGUACCCCUUCGCAUUCAGAAGGCUUUGUUAGGGGUCCAUCGGCCUUGGACUCUAGGCUCGACCUGUUAGGAUUCUUUGUCUUCUAUACAUUCUCGUCUUGUUAUUAUUUGUUCUUUUUGCGUUUCUUUUGUCUGGGGUUCUUUGCCUGAAAUUUCUUCCACCCUCCCAUUCUUAAAUUUUCAAUCGUUGGUUAUUUGUAUGUACGCUAUAAUUCCAUUUUACUCUCCAAGUUUUCGGGGUGCAGGAUUCCCGUAUUUUACCUUUUUUUUUACAGAUGUUUCCGGGUUGGUUUGGGCGUUCAAAUGUGCGAGCUCCUGUAGCUUCUGUUGUAAGAACUCAGCGAUUCCCCAAUCAUCAUCAUACUGGCAUCGUGAUCGCUUUAGCGUCGAAGAAUCAGCACCGGCGGGGGUUUUCCUACAAUCGCACUGUGUAUAUGGUCUCCCAAUUCGCACCUGAGACCUGUGAUAUGGCAUUCUACUCGGGGCGCCAUUGUACUGUUGUGCGUGCUUGCCGUUUCUCAAUAACACCAUAAGGGGUACUCACACUGUAUACUGUUGGUUCAGUUGAGAUCCGUUUCAACGACCCGAUGGCGGUUUACCGUCCAGAGACUGAGGGUAUGUUGGUCCGUGAGGUAAAAUGCGAGCAUUCGCAGUGUGCGAUGGUACUGCACCGCUAUCAUUCCUCCAUAACUGGACUUGAUGUGCAACUACGAUACGGGGGAAGAUGGGGGAAUCGAGGAGACGCAGCUCUAUUCACGGGACCCGGAGUGCAGUUUGGGGUCGCGUCGGCUAUCUACGAUGAUAUGAUACCUGUACCGGAUCAUGAUGCUCAUAUCAUAUCAUGCCAACCUCUAAUACGGUGUUCCAACUCCACUGCGAGGGUAAGCCCUAGGGCACCUACCGGUACAGCGGUGGACUUGUUAUCAGCCACAAGAGAUCCCACCCCGCACAAAUGCCCCAGAUCAUAAAGAGCGCUUCGCUUUGCCUCGGGCCCUCGGUUGUUCCUCUUGAGACUGACCGUACUGGUACCGCAGGUCUACCCUCUCUCCGGUACCGCACUCCAGACGGCGACGAAGUUGGGCGCAAUUUGCUUUUGCCCUCUCCUACCCGCAUCAUGUAACUAGUUCAACCCACUGGGAUUGGGACUGCAUACCUCAAUCAUGCUCCUCCUACGCCCUCGCUACCUCUUACCCCCCUCGAAAAGGCUCUUUUCCACCUCUGCUCACCGUAAUGCCACGUGGGGGUUUGUUGGACUCGGGCAAAUGGGAUAUCCCAUGGCUCGGAAUCUACGUGUCAAGGCGCCCGCCGAUGAUACGCUCGUUGUCUUCGACGUUAACAAGGAUGCGACGAAGCGGUUUGUGGACGAACUGGGCGCGACGUCUGGGAACGUUGUUGUCGCGGGCGGGCUCGAGGAGGUCGUGGAUAGAAGUGUGAGUUGUUCUUAUUGAUAAUUUGCUUAAAAAGUUUUGUCUCUCUUAGUGAUGAGUAUCUCCGAUCAUUAUGAAUUGUUUCUAAGUCGGGGGGCUUCGUCUUGAAGUUUCCUCUCCGUGAUUUUUUCCUAUCACAUCAAAGCCAAUCCUCUGAGCCCUUUCUGAGACCUCUGCCCUUUGCUUCCCGUUGUUGAUUAACUUUGCUUCCUGACUGACGUGCUGAUGUUAAGGACACUGCAGGACACAAUUCUAACCAUGCUCCCUGAGCCACAGCAUGUUAAAUCUGCCUUUAGCUCUUUCCUCGGUGCGGCUUCUAGCCCUGCUGGAAGGGAGCAAAAACUGUUCAUCGAUUGCUCGACAAUCGACAUAUCUACCUCCCUCUUUGUCGGCAAGUCCGUGUGCGAGUCUGGUCUCAAUGGCCGAUUUGUUGAUGCACCCGUAUCCGGAGGAACUGUUGGAGCGGCUGCGGGAACGUUAACCUUCAUGGUUGGAUCCGAGCCAGCGCUCUUCCCUCGAAUCACACGCAUCCUCUCCCUCAUGGGUGGUCGUGUUAUCCAUUGCGGACCGCCUGGUGCCGGGUUGGCAGGAAAAUUGACCAACAACUACCUGCUCUCUAUAAGCAAUAUCGCUACUGCCGAAGCGAUGAAUCUCGGGAUCAAAUUGGGAUUAGAUAGCGGGGUGUUGAAAGGCCUCAUCAAUGUCUCUUCUGGAAGAUGUUGGAGCAGCGAAAUCAACAACCCGGUCGAUGCAGCCCAGAAGGAAUUCAAGGGAGGGUUUGGGGUUUCUCUUAUGAAGAAGGAUCUUAAACUUGCCAUCCAAGCCGCUGAAGAGGCUGGGGCGAAAUUAGCCAUGGGCGAGAGGGCAAGGGAGGUUUACGAAGCUGUUGAGGGGGCCAAGGAGUGCGAAGGGAGAGAUUUUUCAGUAGUUUACAGAUGGCUGGGGGGAGACGAGGGGAAAAAGUAGUGAUGUCUGGAAUAGUUUACUCCUUCACUACAGAACGAAGGGGAGAAAAGAAUAGAUUUUCCGAAACAACGUCAGUAGCUGGAACAAUGCUUUAAUCAAAGCUUUAACGGUGCUUGAUGAGGUCGCUUGUCGAAGAUGUGUGAUUCGGUCGGAUCACACGACAGGAUCUGCACGAGCCCAAAGAGAAACUUUUUUUGUAGGCUCUAUAAACUGCCUCAAACUUCUCAGUUUGGAGAGAUAUUGGGUGUUUUUCUGUUUUAUUUCAUUACUGUAAUAGUUGUAUUUCUUGUCUGAUUAUGAGCUUUCGGACCUUAAACUAUAAUAUGAGUACAGUCCUGGUGUGGGUAUUCUCCGUUUCAAGCACAAUUGUGCCCUAUGAACAUUCAU